UUGUACGUUUUACUCUGUAGAUAUCAAAGGCAGAAAAAGAAAAUGACUACAACGAUGUUUAACAAUAUCGAGAAAAGCAGAUACGAUCUUAUAACGUCUCGCUAUGAUAAAUUCCUGGAAAAUAUGGCCGAUCCUCAAAAAGAAGUAGUAAGGGUGUUCGAUCCCUUACCUAAGAAGAAUCUAGAAGAGUUGGAACUCAUCAGAGAGGUGACCAAAGAACUACAGAAAAAGAAAGAUGAUGACAUGAAAAAAGCUUCUGCGCAAGCCACCAAUGGAGACGUCCAGGCGGAGAAAAAGUCCCCUGAACAAAGUGAACCCAAUGCGGCCGAGCAAACAAGCAAAUAA